CGGCCGGCGUGCGGGGAGAUUGCGGGGAGCUUGCUGGGCGAAUAUUAGCUUAUGGGCGCCGCAGCAGCCUUACGAUUGCCACUCGGCUCAUGACCACUCGGGGUUGCAAUAAGUAAUGCGAGCGCGUCGGCUGCUAUUAGCUGUUUGGAGCGCGGUGCCUCUUGGGGCCGCCGACACGGCUGGUGUCGCCUUCGACGCGGCUGCCGCGCUCGCCGCGCUCGCCCCGCCCGCGACGGGGCACGACGAAACCACGUUUCUGAGAGCGCUGCGCGAACGCGUCGACCGACGGCUCGCGAUUAUCGACACGCACGGCAGCGCGCCCCAACCGGCGAAGCCCGAAGCGGUGCCCGAGGACUGUCGGACUCUUUUUGACCCCGAAACUAUCGCAGAGGCGCGACGCGCGAGCGUCGGCUGCUCCCGGCUGGCGUAUUCGUCCAUCGACAUCGUCGGCGAGCACCCGCCGCUCGUGGGCCCCCGUGGCGACGGAAGUUGCGUUUUUGUGUUCGUCGGCGCCGAGACCCUGCGCCAGCCAACAGUCGAUUUCGUGUACCUGUUGCACCGUCGCUCCGUAGCCACCCAAGGCUUUUCACGGCGCCUCUUCUCGAAGCUACCGAAGCUCCUGCCGCACGUCCUCUUUCCGGGCAAGUGGACUGCGUUUUUCGACUCCAAGCUCCAUCUCUACGGUACGACGCUCGACGAGCUAUCAAAAGCGUACGACAUGCGCGUCGACGACCGCGCGUUGCCCUUCACUGCCUUUCCCCACCCGCUCAAGGUCCGAAAGAACGUGAGCAGCGCCUUCGAGUGGAUGCGGUUCGAAAUUGAGGUGAUCCUGGAGGAAUUCUCCGAUCGGGUGGCGAGUGUGGACGCGCUCCGGAACCAAUUAGCACGCUACGUCGCGCGGACCCGGGACAGCGUGCCUCCGCGCGCCUACACGGCCUUCAUCGACGGCGCGCUGCUGCUGCAGCGCGAUGCCCAUCAACUGUUUGGGCCGUGGUGCGCCGAAACUAUCAGAGAGGACUCGAGCGACCGGGACCAGCUCAGCUUCGCGUUCACCGUGGCGCGGUUGCGACUGGAGCCACGGCUGCUGGACAAGUGUGUCACGAUCGCCGCAAACCGCACUUUGUGUCACUGGUUUGACGACGACUCGCUGGGCGCGCUCCACCGGAUCAGCUACGAGGCGAGCAGGAACAUCGUCGAUAACGGUGAUUUCGCUGCUAUCGACGAUGUGGCCGCCAAAUAUCUGGGAAGUUCUACCUGGGCCUACGGCGUGGCCGAGUCUUGGUCCCGAAAUGGGCCUUCAGUCGUCUUAAUCAAAAGAGGUGAUACCGACUGGGCGGGGACGCAGCCAGUUCUAGGCAGCUACCUCCAGGGCAUCCAGAACAGAGGGAACUACAUCUACCAGACCGUGGUCUUUCCCGCCGACGGUUUUUACAGCAUUUCCUUCUACGCGUGCAGCCGACCCGGCAGGUACGCACGGACGAGCCUCAGGGCGACCGUGACUCGAGCCGGUCACCAGGAACCCGCGGUCGUCGUGGAGGAGCUGCUCCUGGGCUACUCCUUUACGAAAUACGAAGCCACGUUUUAUAUGGAGGCGGGAUGCGCGACGCUCGUAAUCAUGAACGACGGGCCGCCCGGCGACCGGACGCUUCUGGUUGACGCGGUGCGGAUUGAACGGAACGUCUCCCGCGCCGUAGAUUCGAUCUCAGAAGUCCCGAGCGUGUGCCGGUGCCGGAUCCUCUUACACCUCAACGGCCGGGAACUACAAAUGGACGUGUACGGCGCGGUCGACGCCGGCCUCGCGUCUCGCGUGCUGGCGCCCCGCGCGGCGCUGGAUCGCCCGGUGCACGAGUUUGUGGCGUACGCGCGGACGGUGGGCUGUGCGACGGUCGAGGUCCUCGACCGCAGUGCGGCCGCGGAGGCCGCAGUGGCGCUGGACGCGGUACGGUCGCUGCUCCGCGCACCGCCCAGUGCGCGCCUGCGCGACGCGGCCGCCACCGAGGCGUUGGUCCUGGCGUGCGGCGUGGACGAUGGGACCGCGCGGGCGAUGCCGGCGGAGGUGCUGCUGCACGCCGCCGAGCUCCGCAUCACCCAGCAUCCCCGGAACGUCGCCGGCGAAUACGCAGCUUACGGACUCCGUAUCUCUCGGUACCCCCGGCAGUUUGGCGCGUACGUCGCGUUCCUCGCCGCCGGGCCACUCGUGACGUCGUACCUGGAGAUCGGGUGCCGCUGGGGCGGCGCGUUCGUGUUUACGGUGGAGGUGCUGGGCCGUCUGGGGGAGGCGAGCGGUAUCGGAGCCGACGACUUCCGCGCGCUCGCGAUCGACAAGUGGCAGGAACCCUUGCUGCUCCAGGAGUACGCCAAGGGCGCGGCCGCGCGGUUCCUUAAGCUCGACCCAGCUGGGGCGCCGUUCGCCGAGCUUCUGGCAAAGACGCCCAUGUGGGAUCUCGUUCUCAUCGACGGUGAUCACUCCUACGACGGCGUGCGGCGCGACUUCGACCUCGUGCGGAAUCGAACGACGCGCUACAUCGUCCUGCACGACAUUGCGUCGGACGAGCCGUCGUGCGCGGGCGUCCGCCGCUUCUGGCGCGAGGUCCGCGACCAAUUCGAGACGCACGAGUUCGUGGAGCAAUACGACGACGUCGACGGCUCGUAUUUUGGAAUAGGCGUCAUUGUGGUGCCGCGCUCCAACGGAAUCAUGUAUUAAUCUGUCCAAGUUUA